GUCAAGCCACUGUGUCUAACGUCUGAAGCCGUUGCUGGCUUGUUACCGCCUGGCUUUAGCUUUAAUAUUAUAACAUCACGAUAGUUAAUAUACGUGCGAAAAUUAUCAGUUUUGCAAUCGAUUAAAAUUACAACAUGGUGUGACUUGAGCACAAGAGCUGUGGAAGAUAUCGCCAAUUGAACGGUUUUGUCCAAGUAGGGGCCAAUAGUUCGUCCUGAGAACGACUGAGCCAUGAUCCGUCCUUAAGGAUAUCGUGAUCACAUGGGCUCAUAUCCUGUGCUGACCCCAUGGUUUAAUCACCAGGACUAAAAAUGAGCAUCAGCAGUGAUGAGGUUAAUUUUCUGGUGUACAGAUACCUGCAAGAGUCAGGCUUCUCCCACUCAGCUUUCACCUUUGGCAUAGAGAGCCACAUCAGUCAGUCGAACAUCAACGGAGCCUUGGUGCCCCCUGCUGCCCUCAUCUCCAUCAUCCAGAAGGGCCUGCAGUAUGUGGAGGCUGAAGUCAGCAUCAACGAGGACGGAACCUUGUUUGACGGGCGGCCCAUUGAGUCCCUGUCUCUGAUCGAUGCUGUGAUGCCAGACGUCGUCCAGACCAGGCAGCAGGCCUACAGGGACAAGCUGGCCCAGCAGCAGCAGGCCGCGGCGGGCAGUGGGAGCACUGCAGGGCCGCAGGGAAGCACCAAGAAUGGAGAGGGUGCUGCCAACGGGGAGGAAAAUGGAUCCCACGCCUUAGCCAAUCACCACUCAGAGAUGAUGGAGGUGGACCGGGACGUGGAGAUCCCCCAAAGUAAAGCCAUGGUCUUGAGGGGUCACGAGUCAGAAGUCUUUAUCUGUGCCUGGAACCCAGUGAACGACCUCCUCGCCUCCGGGUCCGGAGACUCCACAGCACGGAUCUGGAACCUGAGCGAAAACAGCACCGGCGGAUCCACCCAGCUGGUUCUGAGGCACUGCAUACGGGAAGGGGGCCAGGACGUACCCAGCAACAAAGACGUCACCUCACUAGACUGGAAUAGUGAGGGAACGCUGCUAGCAACAGGCUCAUAUGAUGGUUUUGCAAGAAUAUGGACAAAAGAUGGUAACCUGGCCAGUACUUUGGGCCAGCAUAAAGGCCCUAUAUUUGCACUCAAGUGGAAUAAGAAAGGAAACUUUAUCCUCAGUGCUGGUGUUGACAAGACAACUAUAAUUUGGGACGCACACACAGGAGAGGCGAAGCAACAAUUUCCUUUCCACUCGGCCCCUGCUCUGGACGUAGACUGGCAGAGCAAUAACACGUUUGCCUCCUGCAGCACAGACAUGUGCAUCCACGUGUGUAAGCUGGGUCAGGACAGACCUGUCAAGACCUUCCAGGGCCACACGAAUGAAGUGAACGCCAUCAAGUGGGAUCCCACAGGCAGCCUGCUGGCUUCCUGCUCUGAUGACAUGACACUCAAGAUUUGGAGUAUGAAACAGGACUCAUGUGUCCACGACCUCCAGGCCCACAGUAAAGAAAUCUACACCAUCAAGUGGAGCCCGACAGGCCCCGGGACCAACAACCCCAGCGCCAAUCUCAUGCUGGCCAGCGCGUCGUUUGACUCGACGGUGCGUCUGUGGGACGUGGAGCGCGGCGUCUGUAUCCACACGCUGACCCGCCACCAGGAGCCGGUCUACAGCGUGGCCUUCAGCCCCGACGGCAGGCACCUGGCCAGCGGCUCCUUUGACAAGUGUGUCCACAUCUGGAACACUCAGACGGGUGCUUUAGUCCACAGCUACAGAGGGACGGGGGGCAUAUUUGAGGUGUGCUGGAACGCCACAGGCGACAAAGUAGGAGCGAGCGCUUCAGAUGGAUCGGUUUGUGUUCUCGACCUGAGGAAAUGACACACGUCUGGGGGCGCCAUGGACCGACUACGAAUGUGUACAUAGCCAAAACGACUGUCCCUGCCUGUCCGCCACACUGCUGUAGUCCCAUCAGACGCCAUGGCCCGCCAACACAGCCGAACGGCCCCGCCCCCUCGCCCCCCCCUCCCCCCACCCCCCCUCAUCUGUACACAUAAGGACCACAUGUUGGCCUGGUAGAGUUUUCAGGUCUGUAUGGAUCGCUCUGUUGCAGGAAGAAGCGUUUCUUUGUCAUCACACAGUGGAAAAAUUAGUGCGCCCGUCACGAGCAGAACCAAAACAGCAGGACCCGCCUCCUUUUCCUCUUUUUACCCUUUGUACCAGAAUUGUAAAGGUUUUUGUUCUCCGUUGGUGUGUGCAUAUUGCAUAUGUCAGCAUUCGGUGUCCUGUGGACAUGUUUGUGUUGAAUUUGGAUUUUAACUGAUCUCUGUAGGUUUUUAUAUUACAUGUGUGGUGGGAGAGAAGAGAGCGGUGGGGGGAGGGGGGGGGUUGCUUUUCAAAGCAGAUGUACAAAGCUGUUCAUUGGGAGAUUCAUUUACUUUUCUGCGCUCUUGAAGAUUCAGACAGAUUACAGUUCAGAAAAUAAAAGGCUUUACCAUUUUGUCGACCGUAUUUUCACUCAGUACUUUUGCUCUUUUUCUUUUUUUGCCAUUUUUUUUUUUUUUUUUUUUUAACAGAAUUGAAAACAGUUAAUCAAAGGGCAACUUCUGCUUUUUUCGCAACUUUAAUCCUCAGAAGUGUUUUUCAGGUGUUUUCGCAGCUCAUCAGGUUAAAACGGAGCUCAGAAGAAUCCCGGCUCUCUGUCCGCCCGCCGGGUUCUGUGCAGUCGGCUUCUGAGUAUACUCCCCGGUUAAUACGCCAGCAGCCGCGUAACGAGAUGCAGUCUGGGGGGAAAAAAGAGGGGGAAAGAAAUGAGGACUAAUGGCUCUCCCCAGCAACAUCCAUCCAGUGUGAUCAGCUAAUAGUUUCCUCAAUUAAUGGCUCCUUGUUGAUCACUGCCGAAUGCUAAUCGGAUUAGCCUGGCUUAAUUGUGUCCUGUUUCCCCUGCGGUGGUCGUUAGAUCAGGACGUCACCUGGAGCAUUGCUUCCUCUGCAGGCGGCGGCGGCGGACUUCGUCCUCCACGCCGCUCUGCAGCUCGCACUGCUUCCUUGCUCUGGCAGUGACCUCGGUACACACUACAGCGCCGGCAUCGGUUAGCAGGCAUUGCCCAGCAUUAUUAACACACACACACACACAUCCUGGAGACAGGCUGCGUUCAGGCCUAUGCACAGACGGACGGCGCUUUUUGUUUGUCGUGUUGGGAGUCGGCGUUCUGAGGCAGGGCCGCGCUCGAGUCGACUCGCAGACUCAGCGUUUGACUCGAUGUAACCUGGUAUCUGCAUAUAAUAUGAAUAUAUAUCUGAAUAUCUAUCUGUGCUAUUACAGGGGGAUUUCUUUUUGGAAGCCACUCUUACGCUAAGAGAGGAUUUUUAAGUAACUUUUUGAGAAGGCUUGAAUCAUCGUGCGUGACGUCCUCGCGCGUCGCCGGCAGUCUCGACACCACCAAUGGUUUUUGUUAUAAAAUACCAUUAAACAGUCAUAGCUAAAUAAAAAAGGAGCAGCUUUUUCAAGGUUUUGGGGUUUGUUUUUUUUCUUCCUGCACUUUAGACCAGACAUGGAGAAUCAUGGUGGGAUUUAUUUAGGUCACCGUAUACACACACACACACACACACACACACACACACACACACCCGUGUUAAACGCUCUGAACAGCUUCGGUGAGCAGUGUCCCCGGCGGUGGUACGUUCAAGAAAGUUUGAAAAAAAAAAAAAAAAAAGGUUUACUUCACGGCAUUCCAGGCCUCAUCUGGCAGCCACAGCCGACGCCCAAACCACUCCGUGCACACACACACACACACACACCGCCUGGCAUUUCACUCCCAAACGUUACUGGUUUAAAAAAAAAAAAAGUGUACCCCAAGCUGGAGUCUAUAUUAAAGUCUGCUUUUCACACAGUCAGCAUCUCACACACACACACUAUUUGAGCUCUAUGACAGUGAAAUGGUAUUUUAUAAUGGUUUGUUUUUAGACGACGAGCUUUUUACACUGCAUUCAAGUGUGUUUGCUUUUAUUUUUUUUUUCUUCCUACCGAAAGUACUAACGUUAAUUCUAUCUUUGCUAUGUUGGAGAGCCGUGGAAGGUUUUGUACUUAUCAAAACUUUUGUAAUUUUGAUUUAUUUGUAGCGACAUACUCAAAAUGAACAAAAAAAAAAAAAAAAUGAAAAAAAAAAUCUGGAUUUGUU